AUGAAUCAGGAAAUCCUAAUACAUAGUCAUUCUACCAUCUGUGGCCAUCGUACUAUCCUUAUUGCCACGGAUUUCUCUUCGUCAAGUACAUUUAUAAUGGACUGGACUGCAGAAAAUCUAAUCAGAAAUGGUGACAAAAUCAUUCUUCUGCAUGUCAUACAAGAUAUUGACACUGGUCCAGAUAUGGAUGAUGAUGCAGAUAUUAUUGAAAUGGUCAAUAUUGCUUCAGAUACCACUGCCAUACAAGUAGCUACUCAAACGUCAGUAUCGUGCCUCGAGGAAUCAAUAGAUGGAUUUGAUCGUAUUUUUGCAGCCAACAAGAUACUUGAUUACGAUAUUCAAAAGGUAAUCUGUACUGGUGCGCCUGGACCAACAAUCGUUGCCAAGGCAGCCGAAAUUCAUCCCAACAUGGUUAUUAUGGGCACACAUGGUCGAACUGGGUUUUCUGAACUCAUCAUGGGAAGUGUUAGUUCAUACGUCAACAAACAUUGCAAACAGUGUCCAGUAGUAGUUGUGAAAAGCAAUCAUGCCAAGAGUGAAUGAAUGCUCAUCAUUAUUUAUCAGAUUAUCCUUUUUAACAUUUGCAAGAAUAAACAGACAUAUUCAACCCACAA